CCCUCUGGUCAAGAACGGAAGAAAAAUUUUCUUUUCAUGUUUCUAAGGAAAGAAAGCAGAGCGGGUUUUGAAUUUUGAGACGCAUUUGGUUGAUUUGAGGGACGAAGCAUAGCACAGCUACAGCCUCCAUGGAUGCGGAGGACUGGGAUUUGAGUGCAGAGGACCUCGAUUCCCUCGAAAGAGACGCUUUCCAGAAGAUUGCUCAACUACGCAACCCUCCUCCUCCUCCUUCUCCACACCAACAUCACAAUUCUGCAACGGCAACAACGAAUCACUUCCCACCAAAACCCCUUCCUAAUUCGCUUCCCCAAACUGUUGGUCCUUCGUCUCAAGGAGCAAGAGCAUUGCCCACGUCGUUGAAAUCAGGGACAAACAACGACAAACAAUCCAAAAAUGGACUGAUAAAGUUUUCAGUUAAAUUUUUUCUUCAUUCCAGUGGAAAUAUUGCAGCAAAGUUUCAAUAUGACCAGGUAGUAAUUGCUGCUUUUCGAAAAAUCCCUAAAUCUUCUUGGAAUGCAAAAGAACGGUUAUGGGUAUUCCCACUGUCUUCCUUGUCAGAGGCGGAGAAGUUUCUUGGAGAUGUAUCAAGUUAUAAUGUUCAGGUUGAAAACUUAGAUCCCUUAGUGCAACGUGCCAUUGCUGCAGCUUCUGCAGUUCCAGAUCUUCAAGAUCGUUACUGCAAGAUCCCUAGUUAUAUUGAAUCAAAGCUAUUGCCAUUUCAGCGAGAAGGUGUUAGGUUUAUAUUGCAGCAUGGGGGACGUGUUCUCUUAGCAGAUGAAAUGGGACUAGGGAAAACCUUGCAAGUAAUUCACUGUCUAAAAUUAUUUCCAUGUUUGCACUGUGCAUCAUGGUGCAUAAAAGUGUUUUGCUUCUUUAAAACAAACAUAAAAUUGUUUGUGGUGGAAAUAAAAUGUUGGCAGGAUUUGUGCUCUUCUAAUAUCUAUUGUCGGGUCAUAAAUUUGGUUAGCUAUUUUUCUUCUGUAAAUAAAAAAGUGCAUCUCAGUGUCUUAAAUGUUAAUUGACUCACGUCACGAUAGAAAUCAUCCUUAAUGAUACAGUAAUCUGUCUAACUUAAAUAACAAUAGUUCACAUAAAUAACAUCGCAGUCACAGUAGCACUGGUGUAGUAGUG